AGAAGUGUAAAUUCUUUUCUGAAAUGGCUGCACAACAAAUACUGUUUGAUCGUAUUGGAUUGUUUCAUUUUUCAUUAAAACGUAAUUAUUCCGCAGCUCAGCAACAAUUUAUUGCUUCAUUGAAUAAGGAACUCAACACAAUUCAAGAUGCUGGUACCUAUAAAAAUGAAAGGGUUAUCAUUGGUCGACAAGGAAUGGAAAUCAAAAUUAAGAAUUAUGAUAUGCCGAUGUUAAAUUUUUGUGCUAAUAAUUAUCUUGGAUUAAGUAGUCAUCCAGAAGUGAUUAAAGCUGGACAGAAAGCGAUAGAUAUUCAUGGUGCUGGUUUGAGUUCCGUACGAUUCAUUUGUGGAACACAGGAUAUACAUCGAACUUUGGAAAAGAAGCUUGCUAGGUUUCAUGGCCGCGAGGAUGCCAUUCUGUAUGCAGCUUGUUUUGAUGCUAAUGGAGGACUAUUCGAAGUGCUUACAAACGAUCAGGAUGCAGUUAUUUCUGAUGAGCUUAAUCAUGCUUCCAUCAUCGAUGGCAUUCGAUUAUGUAAAGCGAAACGUUAUCGUUACAAACAUGUCGAUUUGAAUGAUCUGGAAAAAAUCCUGAAAGGAACUCAAAGUAACAGACGACGAAUAAUUGCCACCGAUGGCGUUUUCAGUAUGGAUGGUGAUGUAGCACCAUUGAAGGAAAUAUGUGAUCUUGCAGAUCGAUAUAAUGCACUUGUUUUUGUUGAUGAUUGCCAUGCAACUGGCUUUUUUGGACCUACCGGUCGUGGUACAGAAGAACAUUUUGGUAUUCAAGGAUAUAUUGAUAUAAUCAAUUCUACGCUCGGAAAAGCCUUAGGUGGUACAAUGGGUGGUUAUACUACAGGACCUAAGCCGUUUAUUGAUCUUUUAAGGCAACGUUCUCGACCUUAUUUGUUUUCAAAUUCAUUAGCACCAUCCGUAGUUGGCUCUUCCAUUAAGGUCCUUGAUUUAUUGUCCAGUUCAUUAGAAUUCACAAAUUCCUUGAAAUCUAAUAUAUCUUACUUCCGCAAAUCGCUUACUGAUGCUGGCUUCAAAAUAAUGGGUAAUUCAAGUCAUCCGAUUUGUCCAGUAUUUCUGGGCGAUGCCAGAAUGGCUUCCACAUUUGCUGAUGAAAUGCUUAAAGAAGGCAUCUAUGUGAUUGGAUUUAGCUAUCCCGUAGUACCUGAAGGCAAGGCAAGGAUUCGUAUCCAGAUUUCCGCGGCUCAUACAAAGCAACAAAUCGAUCAGUGCGUUAGAGCGUUCAAGACGAUCGGGAAGAAACUUGGCGUCAUCUGAAUGAACUCAUUAGCGUGAAGUAUACCUGUAAUUUGCAUUGCCUUCUCAUUCCAAUUAUGC